AUGGCGCCCGAAACACCAAGAGGAGUCUCUUCGAAGCUCCUUACCAUGAAGUUUAUGCAACGAGCAGUAGCUUCAGAAAAUUCGUCUCCCGCUUCAGAAACACACUCCUCCAAGAAGAGAAAAACGGAACAUUCUCCGGCAGCAGGUCGCAUUGAUCUAAACAUUAAUCAGGCUGCUAUUCAAGCCGCGCUGGAUGCUCAAGAAACAAAACGUCAAGAGGCUUUGGAGAAGCAUGUUGGUGCCGAUACACGUUGGGUGCUGAAUGAUGCGUUGGUUGGGUCGAAAGCUGCCAACCAAGUAAAGACGCCCAUGAAUGUCGUUUAUGUUGGUUAUGGUGACAUUGAUUCUUCUAAUGAUUCAGGCGACAAUGAAGACGUGCCGGCUGCAGGACGUACAUCAACAAAUAGCUUCAAGAAGGCGAACAACCAGGCACGUCCAUUACUGCUCGCGAUACACGCAAGAGCUUGCACGGCUGACUAG